CUUCUGGAUCAAAAGCGAUCUGAAAAUGGACAUCAAACCUAUGCCCCUUCCGCUAGAGCUGGUACUCAACGUCAUUACUUGCUCCCUCCCAAAAUACCCAAAUGUGCUUCUGUCUCCAUCGCACCCAAUCACCCAGACCCUGUUGUCAUUUACACUAGUAUGUCACGAAACACGUCGAGUAGCCAACAGGGCUCUUCUCAAGCACUGCGCAUACUUCGCCACAGAAUACAGUAUCCGGUCUUUUCUUCUCCAGAUACCUGGUCGACCGGACCUUCGCAAAUUACAAAAUCUUUUUCUCGCACCAUUCGUUAACAUCGAUGACCAGCCCAUGGCUCACUGGGUUCGAGAGCUGUUCCAAUAUACAUCUGCGUCUUUAAAGCGACUCAUAAUCGAUAUACCGCUUCGGAACUUGUACCCUGAAGAUGAUCAUCUUGAUGUUCGUCGCAUCUUGAGGGAGGGAUUCCUCAGUUUGGAAAACCUCGAGGAAUUUGUCAGUGUUCGAGAUGAACUUUUUCUGGACACAAUUCAACAUAGUGAUGAGCCUGCAGUUUGGAAGAAAUGGUCAGCUCUGAAGCGCCUUGCCCUCUACAACGUAGACGCAGACGAAGCUUUCUGGUCCGACAUAGCGCGCAUGCCCCAGUUGCAGACCUUGGUAUUGACACGAGCUGACGGCUUGCGAGAAUGUAAUAUCAAAAACUGCUAUUCGAAGUUUUCUAAGGGAAGAGCAAUGAAAGUACUACUUAUAAACGUUGCAACGGAUCAAGUGGGAUUUUCGCAAUUACUUAGGAAUGGUUGGGAUUAUGCGGAUCCCGAAAAGAAGAUGACGAUCAUGACCUACAACAUCCCAUCACUAUACGCAGACGAAGGCCCAAUUGAGGUUUGCCAGGAUUUUGUAAGAGCCGGGGCAGAGAAUGGUACGCUUUGGGGUUGGGACGGCGAGAUUAUACAGCAUCCACCCAAGUUCGCUCCUCGCGCGAGAGCAAGGCUGCUCGACUAGUGACAAUGGUAAUGUCCUCCGCUUGCCAGCAUGUAUUUUCGCAGCCUCAUUGUUCGCUUUCGGAACAAACAGUCGAUACAUUGACUGACACGUAUGUAGCCAUUGCCACAACCAAAAC